CGGGUCAACCAUAUAUAACAACAACAAAACACACGUAAACACACACACAAAUCAAACACUAUGAGACACCAACAAGGAAGUCUGUACUUUCAUGGAUCAAGAUUAAAAGAAGCCACCGGAAAGAUGACUAGGAUUGGCCGGAGAAUGGUCCGGCUAGACAUCAGGUGGAGUGUUGUGCUCCAAAAGGUUUCAGUUUUUAGAGAAAUAUUGAGGUUUAUAUGGGAUAGAUUUCUUGCGUGUUCUAUGGGGAAACCGGUACGGUACCGGAGAUUGUCUCGCCGGACAUCUUCUCCGGCGGAUGAUGUGGAAUCUUUGGGUGACCUGGAAGACCCCACUGUCAGUAUCACCUGCAAUGGGUAUGAGACAGAUUCAGAUUUGGUUACUCUUAAGAUUAGUUUAUUGGGUGACUGCCAAAUUGGAAAAACAAGUUUCAUGAUUAAGUACGUUGGAGAUGAACAAGAAAGCAGAAGCAUAGAGAUGGCUGGUUUAAAUCUAAUGGACAAAACGCUGUCGUUCGGUGGAGCAAGAAUUGCUUUUAGAAUCUGGGACGUUGGAGGUGAUAAAAAGUCGAACGAACAACUUCCAAUAGCUUGCAAAGAUGCGGUGGCAAUUUUGUUUAUGUUUGAUCUAACCAGCAGAUGCACCCUCCACAAUGUUCUAGAAUGGUAUCUGCAAGCAAGAAAAUGGAAUAAGACUGCAAUUCCUAUAUUGAUAGGGACCAAGUUUGAUGAUUUUGUAAGCCUGCCACCAGAUCUGCAAUGGACCAUUGUAACUCAGGCAAGGACAUACGCGAAGGUUAUGAAAGCGACGCUGUUUUUCUCGAGCGCAACGCAUAAUAUUAACGUGAACAAGAUCUUCAAAUUCAUUAUGGCUCGACUCUUCAACUUACCGUGGGCUCUUCAACCUAACCUAAACUUAGGGGAACCCAUCAUCGACCUUUAUUAGAAACCUCAACGCCGCCUUUCACAUGUAUAUAACCCAAACGUUCGACCUGAAUGGAGCUAGAAUAGCCGACCUUGAGUCAACCAUACAUAGCCUAACUUGGUUUGACCCGCCCUUGCAUAAAUUGACAUUACAUGAAUCUAACUCGCGAAUCUAACUCGCAUACUGGUUGCAUAGCAAAGGGCUAACUUUUGUUAACGGAUUUUAUUUUGUUCUUAUAGUUAUACUGUUAUUAAAAUACCGUUACUCGUUA